UUAGUUUGCUAAAUCCACCAUCUCUCGCGCGCCCAAAUCGGUAUCUCUCGUCUUCUCCGAUUCUCUCUGCUCGACAUUUCCAAUCUUGAUCCUUCUCUCUCUUGGUGCGAUCGUCGGAGAUUCAGAUUCAAUCGAGACUGAUCGAUUUUGUGAAGGUGUCUGAGAGUGUAAAUUAUUUGAAUGAGUAGUCGUCUAUGAAACAAGAGUAUAAUGGAAGAAGACGAAGAAACUUUGGAGUUUAAAAAUACUUACGAGGAGUCAGGUAUUCCUGAAGUGGCUAGUGUUUCUGGGGACAGUGUAGGGACACCUUAUCAAGAUAGUGUGGGGCCAUUUCAUCAAGGAGGUACCUACGCUACCAAUAUCGGUGAAACUGGGAAUAUUGAUGUAAAUAGCGAUGUAGGUUUGCAAGAGGUAGAUUCCGUAUCCACAGCUGUGGACGAAGAGCAUUUUGAACAGGUUUCACUGAAAGAUCAAGAGAAGGCAGGUCGCGAGUAUGAGGAUGGGUUUCAUCUUGACUCAGAACAUUCUUCAAAUUCAGACAAUGGGAGAGUUUCAUCUGGUGGGUUCCAAGAACCCCCUAGUUAUGCAUCUGAAAGACGUGUGGCUGAUGGUGAUUCUCCCUCAGUUGUUGAAAUUCUCUCCAGUUCAAGUCUUGGACCUGAGAGACAAUCAGGUCAUAAACAAUCAAUGUCAUCAUCUAGUCUUGAUUCUCCCAACUAUUGGGAUGCUGGAUACUCUCCCAUUGGCUCACCUCAAAAAUUUAGGCCAAAGACUGUCGUACCAAAUGUGUCCCCAGAGUUACUGCAUUUGGUGGAUUCUGCUAUUAUGGGGAAGCCUGAAAGUUUGGACAAGUUGAAGAAUAUUGUUAGUGGCACUGAAAGUUUUGGAAGUGGUACAGUGGAAAUGGAGACCAUUGCUUUCUCAGUUGUUGAUUCGCUUCUUGCCACAAUGGGUGGGGUUGAGAGUUUUGAGGAGGAUGAGGACAAUAAUCCUCCUAGUGUGAUGCUAAAUUCUCGGGCUGCCAUUGUGGCAGGUGAGCUUAUUCCUUGGCUUCCUUGGGUUGGUGAUAGCGAGAUCUUAAUGUCCCCUAGGACACGGAUGGUUAGGGGAUUACUGGCCAUAUUACGGGCUUGCACAAGGAACCGAGCAAUGUGCUCUACGGCUGGGUUACUAGGGGUUCUGUUGGGAUCAGCAGAGAAGCUUUUUGUCCUCCAGGGUGUUGGUUCAACAGAUCAGAUGAGAUGGGAUGGAACUCCUCUAUGCUACUGCAUACAAUAUAUGGCCGGCCACUCACUUAGUGUCAUUGAUUUGCAUAGAUGGUUUCAAGUCAUUACACGGACACUUACCACUGAAUGGGCAACUCGCUUGAUGCUUGCAUUGGAGAAGGCAGUGGGUGGAAAGGAGUCGAGGGGACCGGCAUGUACUUUUGAGUUUGAUGGUGAAAGCUCUGGUUUGCUUGGUCCAGGGGAGAGCCGUUGGCCAUUUAUGAAUGGUUAUGCAUUUGCAACUUGGAUCUACAUUGAAUCAUUUGCUGACACAUUAAACACAGCAACUGCUGCUGCUGCCAUUGCUGCUGCUGCUGCAGCCAAGUCUGGAAAAUCAUCAGCGAUGUCGGCUGCAGCUGCUGCCAGUGCACUUGCUGGUGAAGGCACGGCACACAUGCCUCGAUUAUUUAGUUUUUUGUCUCCUGAUAACCAGGGAGUGGAGGCGUACUUCCAUGCACAGUUUUUGGUUGUCGAAAGUGGUAGUGGGAAAGGAAAGAAGGCUUCUUUGCACUUUACUCAUGCAUUCAAGCCUCAAUGCUGGUAUUUUGUGGGCGUGGAGCAUAUCUGCAAGCAUGGAAUUAUUGGGAAAGCAGAAAGUGAAGUGAGAUUGUACAUUGAUGGAUCCUUAUAUGAAAGUCGUCCGUUGGAGUUCCCUCGGAUCUCCAAGCCACUUGCAUUUUGCUGCAUUGGGACAAACCCUCCUCCUACAAUGGCUGGUUUACAACGUCGUCGUCGCCAAUGUCCUUUGUUUGCUGAGAUGGGACCCAUUUAUAUCUUCAAGGAACCAAUUGGUGCAGAAAGGAUGGCACGUUUGGCUUCUAGAGGAGGAGAUGCUCUGCCAUCCUUUGGUAAUGGAGCGGGGCUGCCUUGGCUAGGGACAAAUGACCAUAUAAAAACUAUGGCGGAGGAAAGUUCUCUCUUGAAUGGAGAGGUCGGAGGGUGCAUUCACCUUCUAUAUCACCCCAGCUUGCUUAGUGGGAGAUUCUGUCCAGAUGCUUCCCCUUCUGGUGCUGCAGGUAUAGUACGGCGACCAGCUGAGGUUCUCGGACAAGUCCAUGUUGCUACACGAAUGCGACCGGUAGAAGCUUUGUGGGCCUUGGGGUAUGGAGGCCCUCUAUCUUUACUUCCUCUGGCAGUGAGUGAUGUGGAUAAAGAUAGUCUCGAACCACGACUUGGAAAUCUUCCUAUGUGCUUGGCCACAGCUUCUUUGGCUGCUCCUAUAUUUCGUAUAUUUUCCAUGGCUAUUCAACACCCAGGGAACGAUGAAGAAUUGUGUCGAACCAGUGGACCUGAGAUUUUGUCGAAAAUCUUGAACUAUCUUCUCAAAACAUUUUCUUCAAUUAAUGUUGGGAAGCCUUAUGAGGUAGGAGAUGAGGAACUUGUGGCGGCUGUGGUCUCCCUAUGUCAAUCUCAAAAGCAUAAUCAUGCACUCAAGGUGAACCUUUUCAGUACGCUGUUGUUGGAUCUGAAAAUUUGGAGCUUAUGCAAUUAUGGUUUACAAAAGAAACUUUUGUCAUCACUAGCAGACAUGGUUUUCUCAGAGUCUUUGGUUAUGCGAGAUGCCAAUGCUAUUCAGAUGCUUCUUGAUGGCUGCAGAAGAUGUUAUUGGACUAUUCGCGAAAAGGAUUCUGUAGAUACCUUUUCGUUGGAUGAGGCAAAACGUCCGGUUGGGGAAAUUAAUGCAUUAGUUGAUGAACUCUUAGUGAUCAUUGAACUUCUCAUAGGAGCAGCACCUACUUCAAUUUCAGCAGAAGAUGUUCGUUGUUUACUUCGAUUUAUGGUCGACUGCCCUCAGCCCAAUCAGGUUGCUAGGGUGUUGCAUCUGAUAUACAGGCUGGUGGUACAGCCAAAUACAGCUAGAGCCAAGACAUUUGCAGAAGCCUUCAUUUCAUGUGGUGGAGUGGAAACACUUCUUGUUUUGCUGCAGCGAGAAGCUAAAGCUGGUGAUGAUAACAUUCCGGAAUCCACAAUGGAAACUGAUGAUAAUUUGUCUGUCCAGGAAAAUCAGUGUGAUUGUGCUACUGAGAUUCAAGAAGGAGUUCUAGAUGAUGAGGCCGGACUCCCUAAGGAAAAAGAUUUGGUCUCACCUGAGAAGGAUGGCGAAUCUCAACUGUUCACUGGUUUUGGCAUUGCUGCUGCUACUUCUCCUUGCAUGAAAAUUGAACGGAUGUCAUCGGUUUCUGAAAAUCCUUUUACUAAAAAUUUGGGUGGGAUAAGUCUUGAGAUCAGUGCUGACAAUGCUAGAAAUAAUGUUUACAAUGAUGACAAAAGUGAUGGUGUUGUUGUUAGGAUCAUUGGACUAAUUGGGGCUUUAGUGUCAUCUGGGCAUUUUAAAUUUGGUUCGCAUGCAUCAUCAGAUAUGACGAGCAACCUGUUUGGUGGUGUGAUGCAUGAUGGAGGUGGUUCCAUGUUUGACGACAAAGUUUCUCUUUUACUUUUUGCCUUACAGAAGGCUUUCCAAGCUGCUCCUAAGAGGCUCAUGACUAACAAUGUCUAUACUGCUUUAUUGGGCGCCUCGAUUAAUGCUUCUUCAACGGAGGAUGGAUUGAACUUUUAUGAUUCGGGUCAUCGCUUUGAACAUUUACAACUUCUAUUGGUUCUUUUACGUUCGCUGCCAUAUGCUUCCAAGGCUUUUCAAAGUCGAGCACUACAGGAUCUUCUGUUUUUGGCUUGCAGUCAUCCAGAAAAUAGGAGCAGUUUGACAAAAAUGGAGGAAUGGCCUGAGUGGAUUUUGGAGGUUCUCAUCUCUAAUUACGAGAGAGGUGCAGGCAAAGAUUCUGGUGAUGUAGAGGAUUACAUAAAUAGUUUCCUGAUUAUAAUGUUACAGCACUCAAUGCGCCACAAGGAUGGAUGGAAGGAUAUUGAAGCUACAAUUCAUUGUGCUGAAUGGCUUUCUAUAGUGGGUGGAUCUAGCACUGGGGAUCAGCGGAUAAGACGUGAAGAAUCUUUGCCUAUUUUCAAAAGAAAGCUCUUGGGCGACUUGCUAGACUUUGCUGCCAGAGAACUGCAGGAUCAGCAGACCCAAGUAAUUGCUGCAGCAGCAGCUGGCGUUGCAGCAGAGGGUCUGUCACCAAAGGAGGCUAAGGCAGAAGCUGACAAUGCAGCUCAGCUUUCGGUGGCAUUAGUGGAAAAUGCUAUUGUGAUUCUAAUGCUUGUGGAGGAUCAUUUGCGAUUACAGAGUAAACUCUCUUCCGCAUCACGUAUGGUAGAAGGUUCUGCAUCUCCCCUGUCUCUGGUAUCUCCCCUUCGAAAUUGGUCAAAUUUAACUGUUGGAGAAUCGCUAGAAGCUUCAUCUGGUGGCUCGGAGGGACUACCUCUUGAUGUCCUCGCUUCAAUGGCUGACGCAAAUGGGCAAGUUUCUGCUGCAGUAAUGGAACGUCUUACUGCUGCAGCAGCAGCUGAGCCUUAUGAAUCAGUUUCCUGUGCUUUUGUGUCAUAUGGGAGUUGUACGAAGGAUUUAGCUGAAGGCUGGAAGUAUAGGAGCCGAUUGUGGUAUGGUGUUGGUAUCCCAUCUAAGGAAGACGUCUAUGGUGGUGGUGGCAGUGGUUGGGAUUCUUGGAAGUCUGCUUUAGAAAAAGAUGCAAACGGAAACUGGAUCGAGCUUCCUUUGGUUAAAAAGUCUGUUUCUAUGCUCCAAGCCUUAUUAUUAGAUGAGUCUGGGCUUGGUGGUGGUCUUGGAAUAGGGGGAGGAUCAGGUACUGGUAUGGGUGGAAUGGCAGCUCUUUACCAGUUAUUGGACAGUGACCAACCAUUCCUCUGCAUGCUUCGAAUGGUACUUUUGUCAAUGAGGGAAGAAGACACUGGGGAAGACAAUAUGCUCAUGAGGAAUGCAAGCAUGGGAGAAGGCAUCUCGGAAGGAUUGCACGGACAAGUAGCCAGUGGCCUGUCCAUGGAUAGCACUGCUCGAAUGUCAAUGCGACAAUCACGAUCAGCAUUGUUGUGGAGUGUCCUUUCACCUGUUCUUAACAUGCCAAUUUCUGACUCCAAGAGACAGAGAGUGUUGGUCGCAUCUUGUGUUCUUUAUUCCGAGGUAUGGCAUGCUGUUGGACAGGACAAAAAUCCUCUACGCAAGCAGUACCUUGAAGCCAUUUUACUGCCAUUUGUUGCUGUGUUGAGAAGGUGGCGGCCUCUUUUGGCUGGAAUUCAUGAACUGGCUACAGCUGAUGGCUUGAAUCCUCUGGUGGUUGAUGACCGUGCAUUAGCUGCUGAUGCACUGCCCGUCGAGGCUGCUCUUUCCAUGAUAUCCCCCGCCUGGGCUGCUGCUUUUGCAUCACCUCCGGCUGCAAUGGCAUUGGCAAUGAUUGCUGCUGGUGCCUCUGGUGGAGAAACCCCACCGCCUGUGUCAACUUCACACCUUAAGCGCGACUCUUCGUUGCUUGAGCGGAAAGCUACUAGGCUGCAAACCUUUUCGAGUUUUCAGAAACCGUUAGAGGUCCCUAAUAAAGCACCUGCACUUCCAAAGGACAAGGCUGCUGCAAAAGCAGCCGCCUUGGCAGCGGCUCGUGAUCUUGAACGCAGUGCCAAGAUCGGUGCUGGAAGAGGUCUAAGUGCUGUUGCAAUGGCUACAUCUGCACAACGAAGGAAUUUAAGUGAUACAGAACGUGUUAAGAGAUGGAACAUUUCUGAAGCCAUGGGUGUUGCCUGGAUGGAAUGUCUCCAACCAGUUGAUACAAGAUCAGUUUAUGGGAAAGACUUCAAUGCUCUCUCUUAUAAGUUUAUCGGUGUACUUGUUGCUAGUUUCGCUUUGGCAAGAAACAUGCAACGAUCAGAGGCUGAGAGGCGUGCUCAAGUUGAUGUAAUAGCUCGGCAUUGUUUGUCCACUGGAAUUCGCGCAUGGAGGAGACUUCUUUAUUGCCUGAUAGAGAUGAAAUGCCUUUGCAGUCCAUUUGGAGACCAGUUAUCCACUCCAGAACGUGUUUUCUGGAAGCUGGACUUCUCAGAAAGUUCAUCAAGGAUGAGAAGGUGUUUGAGGCGAAACUAUAGAGGGUCUGACCAUUUUGGUGCUGCUGCCAACUAUGAGGAUCAAAAUGAGGUGCAAAGUACUCAAGAGAAUGUUGUCAGUCCGUCAAAUGCUCCAAUUCUGGCAGCGGAAGCUAUCUCAAUGGAGGCAGUAAAUGAAGAUGAUGAACAUGCAGAGAUCGAUCUUAUAGAUGCUGGAGGAUAUGAUAUGGAGCAAAGUGGGGAGAGCCUACAAAUGCAGUCUGGAUCAACUGAUCAAAAUGUGGAGGCUUCUUCACAUACUGGGAAUACUCAAAUUGAUGAAAGCUUUGACAAUAGUUCAUCACCAGCUGCCCCUGGAUAUGUUCCAAGUGAACUGGAUGGAAGAGUUGUUCUCGAGGUUUCUUCAUCUAUGGUCCGGCCACUGAGGGUUAUACGGGGAACCUUUCAGGUAACGACCAGGAGAAUAAACUUUAUAGUUGAUAACAGUGAGGGUGAUGCCAUGGAUGAGUUGGAAUCAUCUGACUUCAAAGACAGUGAGAAGAAUCGCAGCUGGUUAAUGUCCUCUCUUCAUCAAAUUUAUAGCCGAAGGUAUCUCCUAAGAAGAAGUGCCUUGGAACUUUUUAUGGUUGAUCGCUCAAACUUCUUCUUUGAUUUUGGGAGUGCUGAGGGGCGAAAAAAUGCUUAUCGAGCUAUUGUUCAAGCCCGACCACCUUAUUUGAACAAUAUUUAUCUUGCUACGCAGAGACCGGAACAACUUCUAAAGAGAACUCAACUGAUGGAGCGUUGGGCGAGGUGGGAGAUCAGCAAUUUUGAGUAUUUAAUGCAACUCAAUACAUUGGCUGGACGUGGUUAUAAUGACAUCACUCAGUAUCCAGUUUUCCCGUGGAUUCUUUCUGAUUACAGUUCAGAGGAUUUGGAUCUUACAAAUCCUUCUUCUUACAGAGAUCUUUCGAAGCCUGUUGGUGCACUGAAUCCUGAUCGGCUACAGAAGUUCCAGGAGAGAUAUUCUAGCUUUGAUGAUCCUGUCAUCCCCAAAUUUCAUUAUGGUUCACAUUACUCAAGCGCUGGAACAGUGCUUUAUUAUCUUGUUAGAGUUGAACCAUUUACAACUCUUUCGAUUCAACUACAAGGUGGAAAAUUUGAUCAUGCAGAUAGAAUGUUUUCAAAUAUUGGUGCUACUUGGGCUGGAGUUCUUGAGGACAUGAGUGAUGUUAAGGAAUUGGUUCCAGAGAUGUUUUAUCUCCCCGAGAUCUUAACCAAUGAAAAUUCAAUUGAUUUUGGUACUACACAAUUAGGAGGAAAGCUUGAUUCUGUCAAACUUCCUCCUUGGGCUGACAAUCCAGUUGAUUUCAUUUAUAAGCAUCGGAUGGCUCUCGAGAGCGAGCAUGUUUCUGCACGGUUGCAUGAAUGGAUUGAUCUCAUAUUUGGGUAUAAGCAAAGAGGCAGAGAGGCUAUUAUGGCAAAUAAUGUUUUCUUUUAUAUCACCUAUGAAGGGACAAUUGAUGUUGAUAAAAUCUCUGAUCCAGUGCAACAACGUGCUACACAAGACCAGAUUGCCUACUUUGGACAAACCCCAUCCCAACUCCUGACUGUUCCUCAUUUGAAGAGGAUGCCAAGAACAGAUGUUCUUCAUUUGCAGACUAUCUUUAGGAACCCAAAAGAAGUCAAGCCUUAUGCUGUUCCUGGUCCUGAACGCUGCAACCUUCCUGCUGCUGCCAUUCAUGCAUCUGCAGAUGCUGUCGUAAUUGUUGAUAUAAAUCCACCUGCAGCACAUAUUGCUCAGCACAAGUGGCAACCCAAUACCCCAGAUGGGCAGGGCACCCCUUUCCUCUUUCAACAUGGAAAGGCCAUAGCAACUUCUACCACAGGAACAUUGAUGCGCAUGUUCAAAGGGCCAGGUGGCUCUGGCACCGAUGAGUGGCAGUUCCCCCAAGCUGUAGCAUUUCCUGCGUCUGGUGUUAGAAACUCAGCGAUUGUUGCCAUCACAUGUGACAAAGAAGUUAUCACUGGUGGGCAUGCGGACAACAGCGUUAAGAUAUUAUCUUCAGAUGGAGCAAAAACAUUAGAAACAGCUGCUGGACACUGUGCUCCUGUCACUUGCCUUGCUCUCUCACCAGAUAGCAAGUUCCUUGUGACCGGCUCUCGGGACACUACAGUUUUGCUUUGGAAGAUACACAGGGCAUUUACUUCCCACUCAAGUAACAUUGUAGAGGCUUCAGUAAGCACCAGUACACCAACUUCAACCAGUAGUAAUGCUCUAGCAAACAUUUUGGCUGACAAAAACAGGAAGCGCCGUAUUGAGGGUCCCAUACAUGUCCUUCGAGGUCAUAACAGCGAAAUACUUUGUUGUUCUGUCAGCUCAGACCUAGGAAUUAUUGUUUCUUGCUCGCAUUCAUCAGAUGUUUUGUUGCAUUCUAUCAGAAGGGGUCGCAUGGUGAGAAGGCUGGUUGGUGUGGAUGCCCAUGCUGUUUGCAUAUCAUCUGAGGGGGUUGUGAUGACUUGGAACAGCUUGCAACAUACCCUUAGUACCUUUACUCUCAACGGGGUACUAAUUGCUAGAGCAGAACUCUCUUUCUCUGGCAGUGUCAGUUGCAUUGAAAUUUCGAUGGAUGGUGAGAGUGCUUUGAUUGGAGUGAGCUCGUGUUUGGGAAAUGAUGAAAUCGGAAAUAAAAUCCAGAGCUUGAAUUCAGUGAAGCUAGGCGCUGAAGAUUACAAUAUGGAAUCAAAUGAAGUCGAGGAAAACAAUCGAUUGCAAGUGCCAUCUCCUUCAAUUUGUUUUCUAAAUCUGCACUCUUUAAAGGUAUUUCAUGUGGUGAGGCUGGCGGAAGGGCAGGAUAUCACGGCUCUAGCUUUAAACAAAGAUAACACAAACCUGCUGGUUUCAACUUUGGAUAAACAGUUGAUGAUCUUCACCGAUCCUGCUUUAAGCUUGAAAGUGGUGGAUCACAUGCUCAAGCUUGGUUGGGAAGGUGAUGGGCUGAGCCCCCUCAUAAAAUCAUAGUUUUAGGCCAUUGAAGUUUUGUCGGUUGAGGAAGAAUUAUAGAAACCACCAAAAUUUUAGAAUACCGUAAGAAUGACAAGAUUGCAGAAAUUGGCAUCAAAGAGAUAUAUUUUGCGUGUAUCAUGUGUAUGUAUUUAUCUAGUUGUAUAAUCCUUGUAUCCAUUACACUGUUAUUAGAUUUACUGCGGGGUUGUUCUGCAGUUUUUGUUUCAACAGAUUUGUAAGAUUACUGACACUUACAUUGAUAGGUGAGGCUUCUAGGGUUGCACGGCUCAUUUUUGUCCAUUUUGUUCUUGUACAUGAAGAUAAUAUCCUUGCUAAUAUCUACUCUGCAUUUUGUGACAAAGCUGACUUUUAAGGCGAAA